UUUGUGACAGAAAAGCUCCAGUGAAGAAGCCGAGGAGUUGUAAAAGUUCGGUCCGGCUGGUGUGACGGGGGCCGGCGGGGUUAUCCGGUGAACCCCGGGGCUGAAACAUGGGCCUCCUGGCGAGUGUACGGAAGGAAUGGUUCAUCAUCGGGAUAGUGCUGGUCAUCAUAUCGGCCAAACUGCAGCCCAGCGUCGGUGUUAAAGGAGGUCCGCUGAAGCCAGAGAUCACCAUAGCGUACGUUGCUGUCGCCCUCAUUUUCUUCAACAGCGGCCUGUCGCUGAAAACAGAGGAGUUGACCAGUGCGCUGCUUCAUGUUCGGCUGCACCUGUUCGUCCAGUCCUUCACGCUGAUCUUCUUCCCGCUGGCCAUUUGGCUGCUGCUCAGAGUUCUCACGCUGACCGCCAUCGACCAAUGGCUGCUCAGAGGGUUACAAACGGUGAGCUGCAUGCCCCCUCCGGUGUCCUCUGCCGUUAUUCUCACCAAGGCUGUCGGAGGCAACGAGGCUGCUGCCAUCUUCAACUCGGCGUUCGGAAGCUUCCUGGGGAUCGUGGUAACUCCGGUGCUGCUGCUGCUCUUCCUCGGCUCUUCAUCCUCCGUUCCCUUCACCUCCAUCUUCUCUCAGCUCUUCAUGACUGUGGUGGUUCCUCUGAUCCUGGGUCAGGUGUGUCGUAGUUUCCUCAGGGAGUAUCUGGAGCGGCGGAAGCUUCCGUUCGGCACCGUCAGCAGCGCCGUCCUCCUCAUGAUCAUCUACACCACCUUCUGCGACACCUUCAGUAACCCCAACAUCGAGCUGGACCCCAGCAGCCUGCUGAUGGUCGUCCUCAUCAUUUUCUCCAUCCAGCUGAGCUUCAUGCUGCUCACGUUUGCCUUCUCUACCAGGUCAGGCUCAGGAUUCAGCCCUGCAGACACUGUGGCCAUCGUGUUCUGCUCCACACACAAGUCUCUCACUCUGGGUAUUCCCAUGUUGAAGAUCGUGUUUGAGGGUUACGAGCAUCUCUCUCUGAUCUCAGUCCCUCUGUUGAUCUACCAUCCAGCUCAGAUCCUGCUCGGCUCUGUUCUCGUACCAUCGAUCCGCAGCUGGAUGACCAGCCAGCAGAAGGCGGUGAAACUGUCGCCUGUUCAGCCCGUCUGAUGAAGAUAAAAUUCGUGCUUUGUUAUGGUGGACUACGUCGGAGGGAGACGCUUGUACGUGCCUUGUAACAACCAAUCAACAGAGACCUCAGCCAACGGAGGGGGCAUCUCCGUUUCUCCGGCAACAGAAAACUGAUAUUUCAUAUUUCCAUCAUAUAUAUAUAUAUUCUUUUAUAUUUAACAGAAUCAAAAGUUCUAUUUUUCUAUGAAAUACCCAAAAGUUCCUGCAAAGAGAGGUCAGCUGCUUGUUUUAUUUUUUAACAAAAGGAGCGUUUGUUUUGAGCAGCAGCACCUCCCAGCAGGAACAGGAAGUGUGGAGUUACCGGGACCAUUCUUUUUUAUUUUUCCUGCUCUUUUCUACGUUUUUCUACUCGGCCUUUCUUCGUGCUGUCACUGCCAGAAUGUGUGGACGCGUGUUUGCGUUCAUGUUGAAACAAACGGAUGCUGUAUUAUCUGAUUAAUACACAGUAUAAUAAUGACAGCUGCUUUGGUUUCUGACACUUUGUAGAAUAACGGGUGUUGAGUUAACAAAUGAUCUUUCCAGAUGAUGAAGGUGUGACGUGAACAUUGAGGAAGGGGGUUUAAUUUAACAGGCUGAAAAAUGAAUGACAGAAAAAUGCUCCAAUGAAAAAAGUCAAGUGAUCCUUAAAGUUACGGUUCAUCUCAGUCUACGACAAGUCGUGUUGUAGAUGUCGGGAUUUCACAGGAUAAGUCAAAGCUUUGACCCACUGGUGGUGCUGGUAGAGGAAAAGUCAGGAGAUCACCAAAAUAACAGGGAUUCAUCAUCUGAGCACCAUGAAAGUCCAUCCAGUAGUUGUUCAGACGGAGUAUUUCAGCCUGGACCGCAGUGGACUGACGUAGCUAGCAGGGCUGAAAAUGAAGUUCUUUGAACAGUACAGGGUCGGGUCUUAACUAGCAUACUCUGUAAAACAUAAAUUCAGUAGAAUGUGAUAAACUGCUCAUCCUUAUUGACAUAAACUCAACUGAAAACAGCACAAAGACAUAUAUGAUAUAUUUAAUGUCUGACCUCAUCAGCUUCAAUGAUUAAAUAAAUAUAUGAUUAUUCUGGAUUUGAUGCAGCAACACGUUUCAGACACGUUGGGGCAGGUUUCCCUGUUCAGAGGGAUGACCGUGAAUGUAUCGUCAUCACAACCAAUAAAAGCUCCAACACAUGACAUCCAUGAAAGACUGAUCCUCAGUCCAUUCAAACAGGGAUCACAGUGUUUUUAGUUCAUUUGUGACGUUCAUGGACCAAACUGACACACGUGUCUGGAAAAUGUACGGGCACGACUUUGCUCAGGGGCGUUAUUUCCAUGAAAUCCCUCGCUAGCUGUCUGGCCUUACCUCUGGUGAUCUGUGUCAGUUCUGUUUUCCAGGACCUUCUUCUGUGAGGGCUUUCAUGUGGCAUGGGGGCAGCCCCCCACUAGCCCCCAGCAGCCAUGUUGGAGGGCCUCAGCUCUGUGAACAGUAUUUCUGUUGUAGCAGAUGGUAGCAUUAGCAUGUUAACGUUACCGCCCUGUAUUUACUCAGUCAUCCUGCUGGAUUCUAGCACCUCGACCAUCCAUCGGGAGUUGCUCUUGUACUGAUAAGAACAUGACCCCUCACUGGCUUCCCAUCUGAUGUACAUACACUGCCAGCCGUGUUCGCUGGAACCCGUCUGGUCUGCGCGGAACUCAAUUCCACCUGAGGAACCUGCACCUUUGAGCUACUUUGUACUGCAUGUCCUGCCCCCUAUCUCUGGGGAAAAUGUCCAUAUUGGACUAUUCCGCAGUCCACAAUUCACGUUCAGUGUUGAGUUGUAGCAACAUGGAUGUAAGGAGGUGGUGGAGGUGGCCAAAAGGUGGUGCUUGGGUGUGUGGCACAUCCAACUUUUCUUCAACCCGUGACCUUAAACCUGCAAUAACCUGCAAUAAUAAAAUUUUUUGGCCACUUGGGGGCAGUGGAAACAAGUUGUGAACACAUUUUAAGUUAUGAGGCGGAUUUGUUAGCAAACAGUCGCUUAUUUACACAUCCAGUAGUUACGGAGCAACAUUGUCAUUACUCUUUAGUCAUGUUUGUGUCCACCAAAGUAAAUUUUCACUCUCUCUUAGCUCUGUUUUUGGUCUCUGCCAUCUUCUGGUGGAGAUAUCCGCCUCUUUAGCUGCUAAAUGCUCCACCGUGUUCACCAGCUACGACUUAGCCAACCACUUAGCCGCUUUGUAUUGAACAGCUGCCUGUUGCAGCUGAAAGCGACGCUAUGAGAGUGAACCAGAACAGCAAAGUUGUGGUCGGACAGCGAAACGAUGGCCUGAAACUCACUUUAAAGCUGAGGGAAGCUGCUGGGAACAUUGUAACUGAACAUAAUUCAGGGAUUUUGCAGAAUCCUCUAAUAUCGCAUGUAGAAAAAAGAUAACCAUGGGUUUACUUCAGGCACAUUACACCGAGCCAAAGAUGUAGUUCAAAGGUCUUUAUUAGCCCGCCUCAGCUGCCAAUGAGUUUGUCAUUUCUUCUGAACAUACAACGUCUUUGGCGGCACUGCCGGAGGAGGCCCUUAUUGGGAGUGGUGGGAGUUAUUGCAUUUCCUCAGAUGAAGAUCCCCACAUGAGAUGAUGAAGAUAGAUUGUCCGAGAGUUCGCUUUGACAGAAAACGUUACUGAUCUGAUCUUCAGCUCCUUGCUGUCAGCCUGGUUGGUAGAGAUUUAAGCACCUAUAACAAACUGGUGUCAGCCGCCGUUAUUAAGGGGGUUAUUGAUGCCUCUACAGCACAAAUGUAAUUUCAUUGGUUGUCAACCAACAGUCGGUUUACAGUCAGCCUCUGUCUGUUUACAGUGUGAUUGAUUUGCCAGCAGUAUAUUUUGGAAGGAAAGAUAUGAAGUAGGGUUUGUAUGGGUCUGUUCUGUUUCUUUUAAAUAAACAUAUGAGGAAG